AUGGCAGACCGUGCUCAGAUCUUCUCGGCAGAUGCCGCGGAGAUGCCUGUGAUUCAAACAUGGAGAAUCUGGGAGUCUCUAGCCCUCCACAUCUUCAACAUCCCCCGUGAGACAAGCACCUUCAUCCUCUGGAAGAAUUUGGAGAAAGAGGGAUACUUGAUCUCGAUUGACAUCUACCGACGGAAUGAAGCCGAUACUUACGUUCACGGGAAGGUUCGAUUCAAGCCACCACCUACCUCGAAUUUCUGGGAAAACGGCCCCUACCCGAUCACGUUGCGCAAUGGCACCAAAGUACCUCUCCGUUUUCAGCUCGACAGCCCUGGGAGUAACCUGGAUCUCGUCGCCUUGAAGCUCGAAGUCUGUGUAUUGACCGGUCAAAAUUCCAUUUUCCCGAUGCGGAGUUUCGAGACCUCCCCCAAAAUGACCAUCGAUGUGCGGCGGCGCGAAGUAAAUUUGAAAUUCACGACCGCUAUUCUCGACCGGAGGAACACCACCACGAUCGAUCUGCAAGAGUCUCAGAGUGUCUUCAGGGCCACAAUUCAAUUCCUCCAGUUGAAAAAAGUAUGGAAAACCACCAAUCCCGAGACGAAGUGCGUGUCGUUCUUAUUCAUCUUGGACACGCCGGCACGAUACUACCGUCGCCUGAAAGAUAUCUCUCAUACCUUUAUAGGGCAGGACUCGUGGAGAGAGUAUGACAUAUGGACUCGACAGACGGCACUGGUCCACAAUCCUUGGACUCUGGAUAGACAGAGAACGAAUUUGCGUCGAACCGGCCACAUCGUGGAUAUUGGUCGCUGGAAUGUAUUUCGAAUCACAUUUCCUUCUGAAGAGAUUAAAAAAGGAGCGGCAGUCUUGAUGUACCAAAUCUUUGGUGACCACAACAUCCAGGUUGAAGAUGGGAGCCACUUCACUCAGAGUUCUACUCGUCCGACAUCGAUCUGGGACUGGAUCGACCGCUCGGAGGGCCAGCAGACUAAGUCAAAUUCUGAGGAGCUCGCUGGCCUCGCAGACCCGAACUUCGUCGACUUGGACCCCCUCGUUCGUUAUCAGUUAGAGGUUUGUAUCUCCCAUGGUCGGCUCUCGGAAUUCACCACGACUCGCCGAUUUGCGCGAGCUUUGCGAGACCUUGGACCUGAGAAAGGCAGGAAUCUGCUCGAGCAAGUGGCUACAGAAAGGACCAGCUACAUAAACCCCCUGGAUAUAUUCAAGAUUCAGGGCUACAGGGGCGCCAGGGACACAAAGAUCCCUACGUAUUGCUGCUACAUGCGGACAGCGCGGGUAACUCCAAGCACGGUGUACUACAAUACCCCGACAGUUGAUACUUCCAACCGGAUCACUCGCCGCUACCUGGAACAUUCAGACCGCUUCCUUCGUGUUCGCUUCACUGACGAAAAGUAUCUGGGCCGCAUCGGAUCCAGCGUGAGUGAUUCGAACGACGAAGUCUACACCCGGGUCAAAAGAACGCUGGCCAACGGGAUCACAAUUGGUGAUCGCCAUUAUGAAUUCCUUGCCUUUGGAAACUCUCAAUUUCGUGAGCAUGGUGCAUACUUUUUUGCGCCUCAUCCGGAGCUUCGCGAUGUGACCGCUGCUAGCAUUCGCGCUUGGAUGGGCCAAUUCAGCCACAUCCGAAAUAUCGCCAAGUAUGCGGCUCGAUUGGGACAAAGCUUCUCUACAACUCGGGCUGUCGAGGGAAGCUCCUCUGUUGUCCGAAAAAUUGAGGAUAUCUCCCAUCAUGGAUGCGUGUUCUCUGAUGGCGUCGGCAAGGUCUCGAACUUCUUGGUAUCAAUCAUCUCGCAGGACCUGAAGUUAAACGACCCAAAUGGUCAGCCACCUUCAGCCUUCCAAUUCCGACACGGUGGAUCCAAGGGAAUGCUGGUUGCAUCUUCAGAUCCUACCCGUUUUGAAAUUCAUAUUCGACCGAGUCAAACAAAGUACGAGACUGACAAUGGCCGGCUGGAGAUCAUUCGCGCCUCUCAUUUUUCUAUCGCAACUUUGAACCGCCAGCUUAUCCUCGUCCUCUCUGCUCGGGGAAUUCGCGAUAACGUUUUUCAUCAAAAGCUCAUGGAGCUUUUGCGAAACUUUGAACAAGCUAUGAAGGAUGAUCAGCAGGCAAAGUUGAUGCUCCGAAAAUACGUGGACCCCAAUCAGAUGACACUUGCAUUGGCCCAGAUGGUGGAUGAUGGAUUCAGAAAAACAAAAGAGCCUUUUGUGUACUCUCUUCUGACAUUGUGGAGGACAUGGCACCUCAAGCUCCUCAAGGAAAAGGCAAAAAUUGCUAUCGACAAAGGUGCGGAUCUCCUGGGAUGCAUUGACGAGACUGGGAUCUUAAAGGGCCACAGCAACCAAAAGAUGGAAAGAAUAAAUUAUCUGAACGGGAAACAUAAGAUAGCAGCACUCCCACAGAUCUUUGUUCAAAUAACUCGUCCUGAAAACGGCUGGGCCCCCGAAGUCAUUACUGGCGUUUGUAUCGUGGCUCGCAAUCCCUCUCUUCAUCCAGGAGACAUCCGUGUCGUCAAUGCUGUCGAUGUGCCCGAGUUGAGACAUCUCCGCAACGUGAUCGUGUUUCCACAGACAGGUGACCAAGAUAUCCCUGGUAUGUGCUCUGGGGGCGACCUUGAUGGUGACGACUUUUUCAUCUUCUGGGACAAGGAUCUGAUUCCAUGGAACUGGGGCGUCGCGCCGAUGAGAUUCCGUUCCAAGAAAGCGCCGGACCUUGACCAUGAAGUCACAGUCGAUGAGAUCACUUCUUUCUUCGUCACUUACAUGAAACAUGACUGUCUCCCCAAGGUCGCUACUGCACAUAUGGCAUGGGCCGACAGGCUUCCAAGGGGAGUUGAAGAAACAAAAUGUCUCCGUCUGGCCCAGCUACACUCGGAUGCAGUCGAUUAUAACAAGACCGGAGGCGCAGCCCAUAUGACUCGCGAUCUGGAGCCUAACAUGUGGCCGCACUUUAUGGAAAAGAAUCACAAGCCCAAGAGCAUGAUCUACCACUCGAGGAAGAUCCUAGGCCAACUUUACGACAAGGUUCAAACGACAGACUUUUUUCCCAACCUGAGCAUGCCUUUCGACAACCGUAUUCUGGAAUGCAAGCUCAAGGAAGCCAGCGAAGAGUUCAUGGAAUAUGCAAAGAAUCUCAAAAAAGUGUACGAUGCCGCGAUGCGCCGCAUCAUGGCCCAAUACGAUAUCGCCACCGAAUUCGAGGUCUGGUCAACUUGGGUCUUGAGCCACAAUAACCUCAAUCGAGAUUACAACAUGCACGAGGAUCUCGGCCGGAUUGCAACUCUGCUCCGAAACGGCUUCCGCAAGGAGUGCUAUGAGAAGGUUGGUGGUCGCUUCGAAGCUGUUGCCCCCUUGGUCGUGGCCAUGUACCGCGUCACACAUGAAGCCAUCACGGAAGCCCUCACCAAGAAGGAUACGGAGCCUACCACUUUUGACGACGAUGACGAAUGGGGUGAAUCUCCUGACAACGGGGACCUAAGUCUAAGCAAGCUUCCUCUCAUCAGCUUCCCCUGGAUUUUCCACGAUUAUCUCGGCAAGAUUGCACAGGGCCACUACGACCUAAACAUGAUUGUGACUUCUGAAUCUACUGAAAAGAAAGAAAGUAGCAUUUCCAGAGUCUACAGUCAAGCGGAGAUUCAGCCAAUUCUUGCGGAAAUGACCCGGACUGGAGAGUCGAAAGAGAAGAACAAGAAGAAGGGGGUUCGCUGCCAGACGGCGCAUGAUGGUGACGAGUUGCCUUCGGCCGAUGAUCUGCAGACGGAGGCACCUAAGGUGAUGAUGGACGAUGACAGUGAUUCAGGCGUUGACGUCCAGGAUAAAGAAAGUUCCGAUGACCGGGCUGCUAAGGAGAUCGUGGAAACUGAACCUCCUCCAUCCGCCCUCGAUAAGCUGCUGGAAUUGCUUAACAGUGAAGAUUGA